UUGGAGUGGUACCGGCCGCAGGGAGGCGUGUCUGGAUCGGGCGCUCAGUCUGCGUCGGGCGGCCGUGCCUGUCGGAUGUCAGGAGGCGGAGAGGCGGCCGGAGAGGAUAGAGCAGAGCGGGCGGAGAGGAGCAGGAAAGUCCGAGGACUGUGAGCAUGGAGGGGGCCGCGGCCUCCACACAGCCGGCACCUCCGCCACCCCCACCGGAGAAUGAGGCGGAGAGCCGGCCGGGCCCGGAGGAGCGCAGUGGGGAGAGGGCCGCCCUGAGCCUGCUGGAGACGUGCGGUGUGUGCCGGCAAAACAUCCAGAGCCGGAGCCCCCGCCUGCUGCCCUGCCUGCACUCCGUGUGCCUGAAGUGUCUGCCGGCCCCGAGCCGCUACAUCAGCCUGCCCGCCACCGGGCCCCCGCCCGCCAACCAGCCCGGGCCCCAGGGGAACGGCCAGAGCACCGUGCAGGUGGGAAUCAUCCGAUGUCCGGUGUGUAGCCAGGAGUGCGCCGAGAGAGACAUCAUUGAAAAUUACUUUGUACGCGACACCACAGAAGUGCCCAGCAGCACUGUGGAGAAGCCCAGCCAGCAAGUCUGCACGAGCUGCGAGGACAAUGCGGAGGCGCGAGGUUUCUGUGUGGAGUGCGUGGAGUGGCUGUGUAAGAACUGUGUGCAGGCGCAUCAGAGGGUGAAGUUCACCAAGGACCACACAGUCCGGCAGAAGGAGGAGGUGCCGCCCGCAGUCGGAGCCAAUAGUCAGCGUCCAGUCUUUUGUCCGUUCCACAAGAAAGAGCAGCUUAAACUGUACUGUGAAACCUGCGAUAAACUCACCUGCCGAGACUGUCAGCUCCAGGAGCACAAGGAGCACAGGUACCAGUUUAUCGAGGAGGCUUUCCAGAGCCAGAAGGUGAUAAUCGACACCCUCAUAGCGAAGCUAUCGGAGAAGAACAAAUACAUCAAAUUCACUGGAGACCAAAUCCAGAACAGAAUCCAAGAGGUUAACCAGAACCAAAAGCAGGUGGAGCAGGAUAUCAAAGUGGCCAUAUUUACUCUAAUGGUGGAGAUCAAUAAGAAAGGCAAAGCCCUGCUGCACCAGCUGGAGGCGUUGGCCAAGGAGCGGAGGAUGAAGCUCCUGAAGCAGCAGAGUGAGGUUGACGUCUUCUCUAAGCAGUUGGAGCACGUGGUCUAUUUCUCUAAAUUCGCCGUCUCCAGUGGCAGCAGCACCGCGCUCCUCUACAGCAAGCGAUUGAUCACGUAUCGGUUGCGGCACCUUCUCCGCGCCCGCUGGGACGUCGCCCCCAUAACCAACAAUGUUCAGUUUCUAUGUGAUGCAAAUUCCUGGGCCCAGCACAUCUUCAAUCUAGGCUCUCUGGUCAUUGAGGAGGGGGACCCAGCGGCUCAGCAGACGACUCCCGUGGAGGUCCACAAUUCUCAGGGGAACCCUCCCGCCCACCAGCUCUCCAAGUUCCCCUCACAGAUCAACCUGGCGCAGCUUCGGCUCCAGCACAUGCACCAGCAGCUCCUCGCCCAGCGACAGCAACAAGGACAGCGACGGCCGAACGCCCCCGCACAGCAGCCCAUGGUGGUGAAUAAUCCCAGAGUCCAGGGCCCCGGCCCCCAUCAGCCUCCGGUCGGUAGUCAGGGUCAGCGAUUUGUGACGGUCCAGAGCAUGAACCCCAGGGCCAAUGGUAUGGUGAUGUCCGGCCAGCCCAUGCGCUACCCCGGCCCCGCCCCCGAGAUGCACAUGCACAACAUUCCCCGGAGAGGUGCCGCGCCCAACCAGCUGAGGGCGCCCUAUAUGGUGCAGAACGCCAUGAAGCAGUGGCAGAUCACAGCUAACCAGACCAUGUCCAACCCGACCGCCAGCAGCGGCGCCACUCCGUCCAGUCCAACCAUCACCAGUGUGGCCGGCAGUGACGGGAAAGGUCUCUCCUCCCCCGUUAUGGAGCUGGCAGCGAACUCCUUCAACCUCCCCCCCCUGCCUGAUAUCGAUAGCACUGAUCACGUCUUGAUGGAUAAGAUGAUGCGCAGGGACCUGGCUAUGGAGAGUCACCAGCAGCGCAUGGCGCAUCGGACGGUCCAGUCCCCCAACUCCUCGGUGCCGUCACCGUUAGGGUCCAUGGCCGGCGUUCAUCCUCCUAUCCGCACUUCAAGUGCAUCCAGCGUGGGCAGCCGGGAGAGCACGGGGUCUUUCAGUAAACCGAGCGGCGGGGCCGACUCCACUCACCGAGUGCCGGUGGUCAGACUGGAGCCCAUCAAGAUAAAGUCCGAGAACAGCGUGGACAGCGAGUCGCUCGACUAUCCUGUGGUGGUCGUGAAGCAGGCAAACCGGCGCCAACAGCAGCGUGCACACACCUCCAAUUACUCAGCCAGCAUCCUCACAUCCAUGCUGCUCGACAGAAAUGCCAACCGCACCACCAAACCGGAUGCGGGGCCCCGGAGGGACACCCCAGACAGCACCGGGGACCGCCACGUCCUACAGGAGGGGUCCAUGUCAGGAUCCAAUGACUGGAUGUCCCAGAUCCACGUGACAGAGAGCGGCGGGAAGGAAGACGACCCCAACGAGGACUGGUGCGCCGUUUGCCAGAACGGGGGCGAACUGCUCUGCUGCGACAAGUGCCCCAAGGUCUUCCACCUCUCCUGCCAUGUGCCCACUCUAUUGAACUUCCCCAGCGGUGAGUGGUUCUGCACCUUCUGCCGGGAUCUCAACAAACCGGAAGUGGAAUAUGACUGCGACGACCCAGCGCUGGCGGAGAAGAGGAAGCUCGGGGUGGUGGCCAUCAUGCCGCCGGUUGACCAGAGAAAGUGCGAGCGGAUCCUCCUGUACCUGUUCUGUCACGAGAUGAGCCUGCCCUUCCAAGACCCCGUCCCUCUCACGGUGCCUGAUUAUUAUAGAAUCAUAAAGAGGCCGAUGGAUUUGUCGCACGUCAAGCGGAAACUACAGUUCGGCGGAUCGCCCCACUACCUGCGGCCCGAGGAAUUCAUCAGCGACAUCAGACUGAUCUUCAGGAACUGCGCAGAGUUCAACGAGCCGGAUUCCGAAGUGGCGGGCGCUGGCAACAAGUUGGAGUCAUACUUUGAGGAGCUGCUGGCCAACAUUUACCGCGAAAAGAAAUUCCCCAAAAUACCUUACGAGUUCGCGGCCAGCGACGAGGAGACGGACGACUUUGUCACGCCGCGGAAAAAACGAUUCAAGGGCGACGAGCGCAUUUUUUUCAAAUGAGUUUAGUUUGUAGCGAGUGCCGUGUACAUAAGAUGUUAGCUGUUGAAUAAAACUUAUUUUUGAAAAAUGGCUGUGAGGCCUGCGACUCGUAACCCGGGCAGGAUACAGCCCGCCGGAUGAAGGACGCCAUAUGGAUCAAGCUCCGCCCCCCACCUCCGGCGCCAUCUUGGUUAAAAAACGCAGUUCUUCAUGGACAGGACGUGUCUACGAGAAGUGAUGUCCUCCGUCUCUAAUUGAGGUUGUCGCAGGUUUGUGUCAGGUGACCUUCCCCCCCGGAGCGGAGUCUAAUGUGAACUAUCGCCUAAAGGGGGAACAGGAACGACACCCCACCCCCCCCCCCCCCCCCCCCAAAUGUUAAAUUUAAUUUUGUCGCACGAUCCUUUCGAUACGUGGGGCGAGGCCAAAUUCAGGAACCAAAACCUGUAAAUAUGAGACGGUGCUCACUAUGGCGGAAGGGGUCAUGUGGAGUUACAGGUGUCACCAAUGGUCCGUUCCUGAUUUUCGGGCUCAUCCUGUAUUUUUAUAUAUAUUAGGGGCGUGGCCCGCUCUGAUGGUUUUUUGUUUUUCAUUUCAGAUAUUCGAUGAGAAUAGAGACUUUUCUGUUAUAACAAACAAUGUUAAUUUAUCAACAAUUCACCUUGUGCUUUUCUUUGCCUUUCUUCUUUUGUGACACAUUGUUAUUGUCGGAUGAUACAUUGUUAUUGUCGGAUGAUACAUUGUUAUUGUCAGGGGCUCAGAUGAUACAUUAUCGGGAUUCGGAUGAUACAUUGUUAUGGUUGGGGCCUCAGAUGAUACAUUGUUAUCGGGAUUCGGAUGAUACAUUGUUAUUGUCGGAUGAUACAUUGUUAUUGUCGGAUGAUACAUUGUUAUUGUCAGGGGCUCAGAUGAUACAUUAUCGGGAUUCGGAUGAUACAUUGUUAUUGUCGGGGCCUCGGAUGAUACAUUGUUAUCGG